AUGACCGAUGUAUCGCCUCCCAGACCUACGGCGACUCCUAUCCCUAUAACGGCCCAAGACUGGUUGCAUACACCUUUCUCGGGUGCAGCCUAUACGCCCCAUGCUCGAUAUCAAAUUCGGGCUUGUAUUCAAUCCAAAUUCAACCGCUGUCGAACGGACGGAUGGUAUGGCUGGCCGAUUGGCAAACGAGUUGGAGUCAUCAUUGGCAUACUCAUUGCAGUCAUCAUUGUUCUAUCAUUAUUGAGAUGUUGCUAUGGGCCCCAGUACUCUCAAGCACGAGAGAGGAAGAGACCAAUGCUCCUAAGCGAGUUGCGUAGCCAGCAAGCUGCGGAAGAAGGGGCCGCGGCUGAACGCCGUCAUGUGGAAGCGCUGUAUGGCGAAGUUAGAAGUGCUUCAGGGAGAGACAGACACGACAGUAGAAGUGGAGAUCGUGGAGGCCCAGUAGGAGCAAGACCAGACCAGGGAGAGCGGAGCCGUGGAGGUCAAGACAAUGAAGAAGCACACUUGGAUGAUGUGCUUCCAGCAUAUCACGAAGCCGUGAGAGAGGAUAGACGUACACGUACAGAAAUUGCACCGCACACGAAUGGCAGUUCGUUCUCAGGAUGGCCACCAAUGUACGCAGAUGUAGUGCAGCCUGCACCUGUUGCAAACCCUCCUUCGCGAGUUCCGUACCCGACCUUGCCACAGUCUCCGAGAAGAUAG